AUGAGAAAUAUCACUCUCACUCUUGGCAGACCUGCCAAUUCUGCAGCUUCUGCAGCUGCGACGCAAUCAGAGCCACCUAGAAAGCGUGGCCGUCCUAAGAAGUCUCAAGUAGCUGUUACAGUUUCGGAGUCUGUCUCUUCUGUCCCUUCACCGGCUCUUUCCGUCUCAGAUAGUGGCGAGUAUUCGACACCCGCUACCAACUAUGCUGUCACACCGGCACUCUCAACCACUGCCACUCAGACUAGGGGCAAGCUAUCACGCAGUCGCCUUGUAGUUGAGUUGCCUGAUGAUGUUGCCGACUCAGACGAAGAAGCGCCCAAUACACAAGGAUUCGCCUCUGUUGCGUCGUCCAGAGCCAGAAGAGCUCGACGACCCACUUCUUACGUUGUGCACGACUCGGAAGAUGACGAUUUAUACUCCGACUCAUCCCCUGAUGCUAUUGUGGCUCGUCGCCUUCAACGAGAAGAGGACAACAAAGCAGAUGCUGCCACCACCUUGAAAGCCUCGUCGUUCAAGCUUCCAUCGCGCCGGAGUAAGAAGAAUUCUGUGGCCAAGAAUGCAGAUGCUGAUGACGAUGACGAUGAGUUCAUGGCAGACGUCAUUAGCAAUCUUGAAACUGCAUCGAAUCGUAAAGGCAAGGCGAAGGCUACUACCAAACCCACUGUCACAAAGCGCAAGGCUAUAGUUGAGCCGAGUGAUGAUGAAUCUUUCGAUGAAGAGGACGAGUUCGAUAAUGAUGCUGGACUUGCUAUUGACAAUUCAGAAAUUGAUGAAGACGAUGACGAACCAUUAUCUCGAUCUGCUCCUAGUCGCCUAUCGCGAUCCAGUCCUGUCCGCAAGAAAGCUAAAUAUUUGUCCCCUAGAGCUUCUCGCGGCGGCACCACUGAAACGUCCAUCGCCAUGAGCGACGCCGAAGGUUUUGAAACACCGUCAGAUUUCUCGGAUAACCUGUCUGAAGAUUCUGAAGACAAUGGUGAAGAGGGAACCGGGAUGCAGCAGCUCGCACGUACUCGCAGAGCUUUUCAAAGACCUCGCCACAAGAGGCGUGCCAAGAAGGAGCGACUCAGACUUGAGCAUUACCACCCUGAGCUUGUGACGAUGUGGGAGGAUCUCAGGUCUAUGCCCAUCCUGAAAGAAGGAAAGGCGGAGCAGCCUACUUCCAUAUCUCGCCAGCUGAAGCCUUUCCAGCUCGAGGGUCUCGCCUGGAUGAAGAAGAUGGAACAGCUGGAGUGGAAGGGUGGUAUUCUUGGAGAUGAGAUGGGACUGGGAAAGACUAUUCAGGCUGUCUCUCUGAUCAUGUCAGACUACCCAGCCAAGAAUCCUACUCUCGUCCUGGUGCCUCCCGUUGCACUCAUGCAAUGGACUGCCGAGAUCGAGUCGUAUACCGAUGGCACUCUGAAGACCCUCGUCUUUCAUGGCACCAACUCCAAAGCCAAAGACAUGACAGCAAAGCAACUCAAAGAAUUCAACGUGAUAAUGAUGUCUUACAACACUUUGGAGUCAAUGUACCGCCGACAAGAGAAGGGGUUUCAACGAAAAGCGGGUUUGUACAAGGUUAAGAGCGCUGUUCAUUCCGUCAAAUUCCACCGAGUCAUUCUUGACGAAGCACAUUCGAUCAAGACUCGUACGACCAUGACAGCCAAGGCAUGCUUCGCUUUGAACGUGGAGUAUCGCUGGUGUCUCACUGGCACGCCUUUACAGAAUCGAAUCGGUGAGUUCUUCUCUCUGAUUCGAUUCUUGAACAUCAGCCCGUUCUCGUCUUAUCUUUGCAAGCAGUGCAGUUGUUCUAGUCUAGAAUGGGCGAUGAACGAGGAUGGUAGAUGCAAGCACUGCAAUCACGUGUCUAUGAGACAUGUGUCAGUGUUUAACCAGGAACUCCUCAACCCGAUUCAGAAAUAUGGCAAUCAAGGUCAUGGCAAGGAGGCUUUUAAGAAACUUCGCCUCAUGACCGAUCGCAUCAUGCUCAGACGUCUCAAAAAGGAUCACACCGACUCCAUGGAACUGCCAGUCAAAGAAGUUUUUGUUGAGCGCCAGUUCUUUGGAGAAGAGGAGAAUGACUUUGCUAACAGCAUUAUGACCAGUGGUCAGCGCAAGUUUGACACAUACGUUGCCCAAGGUGUAAUGCUGAACAACUACGCCAACAUUUUCGGUUUGAUUAUGCAGAUGCGUCAAGUUGCUGAUCACCCGGAUCUCAUCUUGAAGAAAUCUGGCGAAGGCGGCCAAAACGUUCUGCAGUGCUGUAUUUGCGACGAACCUGCCGAGGAAGCGAUUCGUUCCAAGUGCAAACACGACUUUUGCCGCGCCUGUGCCAAGAGCUAUGUCAACUCACAAGAUCAGCCUGAUUGUCCUACAUGUCACAUACCACUGUCGAUUGACCUUGAGCAACCCGAGAUCGAGCAGGAUGAGAAUCUCGUCAAGAAAUCUUCGAUCAUCAAUCGCAUCAAUAUGCAAAAAUGGACUUCGUCCUCGAAGAUCGAACUUCUUGUGCAUGAGUUGCACUCACUUAGAUCUGAUAAUACGUCACACAAGUCUAUUAUCUUCUCUCAGUUCACCACCAUGCUUCAGCUCAUCGAAUGGAGACUGCGAAGAGCAGGAAUCACAACGGUCAUGCUGGAUGGUAGUAUGACGCCUGCUCAACGCCAAGCGUCGAUCAACCACUUCAUGACUAAUGUCGACGUCGAGUGUUUCCUGGUCUCCUUGAAGGCCGGAGGUGUAGCUUUGAACCUCACGGAGGCUUCGCGAGUGUUCAUUGUUGACCCAUGGUGGAAUCCUGCAGCUGAGUGGCAAUCUGCUGAUCGUUGCCAUCGUAUUGGACAGACUCGCCCCUGUACCAUCAAGCGCCUUUGCAUCGAGGAUUCUGUUGAGAGCCGUAUUGUAAUGCUUCAGGAGAAGAAGGCCAACAUGAUCAGAUCCACUAUCAACUCUGACGACGCUGCAAUGGAGUCGCUUACUCCUGAGGAUCUGCAAUUUUUGUUCAGAGGAAGUUAA